AUGGAAUGCUCAAGAUUCUUAACAUUUCUCUGUUUUUCAUCGAGUUUCUUGGUUUUGGGAACCUAUGAACUACAAUCCUCCCAAACCCAGGUACUUUUGCAGCUAAGGAGGCAAUUAGAGUACCCAAAACAGUUAGAUUUAUGGCUCAAUACUAGCACAGAUUUCUGUUAUUUGUCAACCCCUCAGGUGAACAUAACUUGUCAAAACAAUUUGGUUACUGGGAUCAUAAUCUUUGGUGAUAAGCGAAAAAGGGUUAGUAAUUUUAAUGGAUUUCGAGUUUUGGAUGGAACAUUGUCACAAAAUUUCUCCAUGGAUUCUCUUGCAGCUACCCUUUCUAGGUUAAAUGGAUUGAAGUCCCUUAGUUUGGUAUCAUUAGGCAUUUGGGGUUCAAUCCCUGAUAAAAUUCAUAGAUUGCAAUCACUUGAAUACUUGGAUUUGAGUUGGAAUUUUCUAUAUGGUUCUAUUCCUCGAACACUUUCAAGAAUUGGCCAACUUCGGAUUCUUAAAUUGGAUGGGAAUUUCUUGAAUGGAACCUUUCCUGAUUGGUUUGAUUCGUUUUCAAAUUUUACUAGUUUAAGUUUGAGGAACAAUCUUGUGAGUGGCUCGUUGCCAUCUUCGAUAAAAAGGAUUACCACUUUAACAGCUCUUUUUUUGUCAAACAAUGCAAUUUCUGGGAUGUUACCGGAUCUUAGUACCUUAUUGAGCCUACAACAGCUGGAUUUAAGCAAAAACAAGUUUGACUCUGAACUUCCAAUUAUGCCGAAAGGACUGAAAACAAUUCUGCUAAACAACAACUCCUUUACUGGGAGAAUUCCUCAGCAAUAUGGUCAACCGAAUCAACUUCAGCAAAUUGACCUUUCUUUCAAUGCCCUUAAAGGGACACCUCCUGCAGGACUUUUUUCGUUGCCCAAUAUAAUUUCUUUAAACUUGGCGUCAAAUAUGUUGAGUGGGUCGCUUCCUAUGCGCUUGAAUUGUGGCGCUAAGCUUGGAUCAGUCGAUAUUUCUAACAAUAAAUUGAGAGGUCUAUUGCCUUCCUGUUUGAGCUCUGUGAUAAAAGCUAGAGGUAUAAAGUAUGGAGGUAAUUGCCUGUCGAUUGAUCUUAGUCAUCAGCAUCCAGAAACAUAUUGUGCAGAACCCCAUGAAGAGAAGAAAAAAUAUGAAAGGAAAACUUUGGGAGUAUUAAUUGGUGUCAUUAGUGGAGUUAUUGUUAUUAUGGGGCUUUUAGCCUAUGGAUUUCUUGUUUUGUGUCGGCAAUAUUGUCCUCGAGGGACAUCAGAGCAGCAUUUAUUGCAUAAGUCAGUGCAAGAUAACUCUGUCACGGGGUUCACUUCCGAACUUUUAACAAACGCUAGGUUUAUCUCUGAUGCAGCAAAGUUAACUCACAAGGUACACCCGCUCAUCGCCUGUUUUCAUUAA